AUGUCUAGUACUUCUUUAGUUGAUUACUAUAAUUCUCGUGUUAAUUUUGAUAAGCUCAAUCCUUUAAUACGUUCGGCAUAUAAUACAACAUCAGAUUUCGAAGAAUAUAAACAGAAACUGCUUGCCAAAGUUGAAUAUAAUAAGCAAGAUGGUAAUUUAUCAUUUCUUGAUUCAAUUGAAGACGUUCGCCGUGAACAACAUGCUCGAUUAGAACAAGUUGAAUAUGAUUAUUAUAAUGAAAGUAAAAAAGCAACUUCCUUUGAUGUACCUUACUAUGCUGAAGUAACACAAAAUACACAAGAAAUAAUGGUUACGUCAAAGCCACCUAUACCAACUGCAUCAAGACGAUCACCAUCGCCAGUAUUUGUAACAGAAGAACAAAUUCAACAUCAUAUGUAUGAUCGUCCAGUAACAGCUAAUAUAGUACGACGACAUAAUGAUGAUACAACAUUUUGUCCACAUCGCACUUGUACUAUUGAUACAAAUGUUCUCGAUGAUACAACAACUAGUGAUGUUCAAAAUCAUAUACAAAGCAUGUGGGAUGAAUUCGAAAUAGAUGAUUAUAUAGAAAAAAGAAAAACUCGUCGCGUUCCAAGUGCACCAGCAACAACGAGUUGGGCAGGGCGUGUGACAGUACCAGAACCAUUCUCUUUAACAAAUAGUGUAACCAUGGAUAAUGUACAUAGAAGAAAAUGUAAACAUGAAAUAGAAGCAGCAAAAAUACAAAAAGAAGUGGAAGAUGAACUUAUGCUGAAUCGAUCUUUCAAAGCGAAUCCUGUUCCUGCUCAUGUGCGUAUGCCACUAUAUGAACAAUUACAAGAAGAACAACGUGUUCGUCGUGAACAAGUUCAUCAAAUGACAAAAGACUAUUUAAAUUCCAUUUCAAAACCAUUCGGAUUUAAUUCACGUGAAACAGCUAAAACAAUAGUACGAAGACAUUCAUAUUCUGAUGUAGAUACUGCUCGGCAUGAACCCCUAUUCAAAGCAAAGCCAUUACCCGAUUUUUAUUAUCGAACAAGGAAAGAUAUUGAAAAUAUGAAAGAAAAAUCUCUUUAUCGUUCAAUAAAAAAAGAAAUGCGAGCCAAAGAAUUACUUCGUCAAUCACGACUUCCAUCAAAUAUGCAAGAACGUGAACAACAAGCAAGACGCGCACAACGUUCAAUGAGUGCAAAUGAUUUAGCACGUAUGGGUCUUGAGGAAUAUACAUUUAAACCAAAAACCAAUGGUUAUUAUAUACCAAAUUAUGAUAAACUUCAUUCACAAUUUUUACGUCAAUCAGAAGAAGCAAAACGUACAAGACCAACAACAAAAUGUAAACCAUUUUUAUUAUACACAAAUUUAAUUCAAACAAGGAAAGAUAAGGUUCUUGAUGAUAUUCGAAGUGGUGAACAAAUGCGUCAUUUACAAACAUUUCAAAUAAAAGGAAAACAGCUUCCAACAAAAUCAGCUUCUGGCAUGAGUUUAUCAGCCAGUCUUCAAAAGCCUGAAGCAAUACCAACAAAAAAAACUGAAGUACAACGUGAACGUGAAGCUAUGGGAAAGAAAAAAAGACAUGAACACGAAGUAAAAAAUAAGUUUGAAAAAAAUUUUCAAAGGUCACGAUCAGCCAAAGAAAGAAGAUUAAGAGAAAAUAUUCGUGAACAAGCAAAAUUACAAGAUAAAUCAACAAUAUACAAAGCAAAAAAGGAAGAAAAUAAUCGAAAAGUUCGUCAAUCUAUGCGUCAGAUUGAAGAUGAAUACGCCAGAACACUAGAUGUAAUCAAUGGUCGUGUUGAACGACGUCCAUUAUUACUUGAACAAGAUCAACGUGAUAAAGCUGUACGAGAUUUAGAAAGAAACAUUCAACAUGCAAUGAGUAUAGCAAAAAUAAGUGAAAAAGAUUUAAUGAGACAAAAAUUUAAUCCGCCUAACGUUAAAGUAACAGCAACACGUACUAAUUAUUCAUCAUAA